AUGUUUUUGUGGCUUUUAAUUGUCGCCUGUGCGCUGAUCGUUUUCUACAUGAAAUGGAUAUACACGUAUUGGCAACGUAAGGGCUUUCCUUACCUCGAACCGAAAAUACCAUUUGCGGUGUUGGAACCAGUAUGUAGGCGAAAGGCUUCAUUGGGCAUUGCCAUUUACGAUGUCUAUCGCAAGACGAAGCAUAAAGUGCUCGGCAUUUACCUGCUGACAAGACCAGCUUUGCUUAUACACGACGCUCAAUUAGCUAGAGAUAUAUUGACUAAGGAUUUUGAAAGUUUUCACGAUCGUGGCGUGCAUGUUGACGAUGAAAAGGAUCCACAAUCGAGAGGUGGCAUAUUCUUUUUAAAAGGUCAAGAUUGGAAGAAUUUACGUAUUAAGCUAUCCGCAUCAUUUACAUCGGGCAAACUGAAGGCAAUGUUUGAUACGAUUGAGGAUGUGGGUGAUAAAAUGGUGAACUAUUUGAAUGGGCAAUUAAGAGAUGACGAUGUUAAAGAGUUAGAAAUGAAACAUGUUAUGGGCACCUAUUCCAUAGACAUCAUUGCAUCGGUGAUUUUUGGUUUAGAGGUUAAUAGCUUUGUGGAGCCAAAUAAUGAAAUACUCAAAGUGAGUCGAAAGGUGAAUGAACCCACAUUUGGUAGUGUCUUACGUGGCACAUGCCAGUUUUUAUAUCCCGGCUUGGAGAAACUAUUCAUGCGCCUAGGUUGGCGUGAAGAAGCACCAAAUCUGAUGCGCGAGAUUGUCAGACGCACAAUACAAAUGCGUGAGGCACACAAUAUUUCGCGAAAGGACAUGUUGCAACUCUUGAUGCAGCUGCGCAACAAUGGUGAAAUUAGUGCCGACGACAAUGAUUGGACGACAAAAGUGGGUAAAGUUGUGCAAAAGCCCAUGUCCAUUGAAAUUAUCGCCACCAACUUAUUUCUCUUCUAUGUUGCCGGUUAUGAAACGACGGCUUCCAUUGCUUCUUUUACCGCCUAUGAGUUGUCACGAUUUCCAGAAACGUUGGAAAAAGCACAGCGUGAUGUUCGAGAAGCUAUGGAGAAACAUAAUAAUAAACUCACAUAUGAGACGAUACAGGAUAUGAAAUAUUUGGAUCUCUGCAUAAUGGAAACCACACGCAAAUAUCCCGGCCUACCCAUACUCAAUCGUCAGUGCACACACGAUUAUCCACUGCCGGAUAGCGAUUUGGUUAUCAAAAGUGGCACACCCGUUAUUAUUUCAUUGUUAGGCUUACAUCGCGAUGAAAAGUACUUUCCCGAGCCGAUGCUUUGGGAUCCAGAAAGAUUUUUACAAGGCCGAUACGAUCCCGUCGCCUUUAUGCCAUUCGGCGAGGGUCCAAGGCAAUGCAUUGCACAACGUUUAGGCAAAAUAAUUGUGAAAGUCGCUUUAGCAAAGUUGCUACUCAACUUCAAUAUCGAGUUCAAUCCGGUACGUAAAGAAAUCGAAAUCGCCAACUAUGGCGUACCGAUUAUGGCUAAAGGUGGCAUAAAUAUACGUUUAUCGAAGCGAAAGGAAAGUAGGGUGUGA